AUAAAUUUAGCAAAUGGAGUCAGAUUUAGGCUUAAGAGGAUCCAAGCUCAAAGAACUCCUUGAUAUGGAGAGGGAGGCAGAGAUUGAAGAAUUUGAUCAACUCUUUAAAACACUUUCACGAAGAGAUCUUGAGCAAAGAGGCCUCUGCAUUUCAAACUUGUCAAUGGGAGAAAUCACAGCCGGGCUUUAUGGGAAAGUACUUAUUCCUUUUGAGUAUAUCAACUACAAGCAACAUAAAAAGGUUGAUGAACAGACUCAUAAGUUAUCAAAUGGAGAUAUUGUCACAGUCACCGAUGCUAAUACGAGACCAUCAUCCACAAGCGAACUUAGAGGAAUAGUCUAUCGUGUCACAGAAAAAGCGGUUAUUGUAUCUUUUAAUGAAUUUGAUGAUGCAUUGAACGAAUUAAGCGAGCCACUGACACUAUGUCUUCUCCCAAAUGACAUUACUUAUUUGAGAUGAAAACAGGCAGUCAAAAAGCUAACUGAAUACGUCGAGAGUGAUAGUUUAGAAAAUGUGAGAAAUAUCUUGUGUGGUUAUUCAGAGCCCUCUAAAGAGCUUAAUGAAUUCCCAGAAGAACUUGCCAGGAAAGUAGAAGAUAACUGGUUCAAUGAAAAUCUAAAUUCCAUACAAAAAGAAGCUGUUAUUCAUUCAUUAAAAUCAAAAGAACUUGCAAUUAUUCAUGGGCCACCAGGAACAGGCAAGACUACGACUCUCGUAGAGUUUAUUAAGAAAGCAUGUAUGGAUCUCAAUGCCAAAGUUUUGUGUUGUGCUCCUUCCAAUAUUGCUGUUGACAAUAUUGCAGAGAAACUAAUUCAAGGGGAAGGAAGCCUCAAAGUUGUCAGAAUUGGACACCCUGCUAGACUUUUAGAUAGUGUCCAGAACAGAUGUCUAGAUGCUCUUGUCCAAAGAGCAGAUGCAACAGAAGUAGUCAUGGACUCUAAGAAAGAACUAAAGAGUGUUUUGAAUAAACUCAGUAAGCAAGGAAACAAAGAAGAAAAAGCUGCACUUAGGGAAGAACGUAAACGACUCAGAGGAGAUAUCAGAGAAUUUGAAAAGAAGGCAGUCAAGGAAAUCUUUACUGGAGCUCAAGUGAUUCUUAGCACUACAACAAUGGCUGGAGGGAACAAGCUAUUUAACUUUUGAUCAAAUUUACCUGGAAAAGUUCUUGACAUAGUUGUCAUUGAUGAAUGUGCUCAAGCUACAGAGCCUUCAUGAUGGAUACCUAUUCAAUAUGCGAAGAAAGUAGUUUUUGCUGGUGAUCAUAAACAGUUAGAGCCAACUAUAAAAUCAAUGGAAGCUGCUAAAGAAGGACUUUCUAAUACUUUAUUUGAGCAAAUGAUAAAUAAAUAUCCAGAGGCAUCAAAAAUGCUGACCAUCCAAUACAGGAUGAAUGAGAAAAUUAUGAAAUGGUCUUCAGAAGCAAUGUACGGGAAUGAACUAGUCGCAGCACCUGAAGUUGCAGAUCAUCUUCUCUCAGAUAAUGAAGAGCUGAAAUUACCAGAAAAUCCUGAUUGAGACACGGAGGAGCUUAAGACAUUCCUUGAAAAUCCACUCUAUCUCAUCGAUACAAGUUAUUGUAAAAUGUAUGAGUCUGUUGAAGAAGACUCAGGCUCCAAAUCUAAUAUUGGAGAAGGAAGUCUUAUUAAAGUAAUGGUCGAAAGACUAAAGCUCCUUGGUCUCAAUGACAGUCAAAUUGGGGUCAUCACGCCUUACAAUGCUCAAGCUAAUUUAAUCAGGAAAGCAUUAAGAGAAGAACCUUCAAAGAAUAAAAAAUCAUUUUGUGAAGUUUCAACAGUUGAUGGCUUCCAAGGAAGAGAGAAAGAUGUAAUCAUCAUCAGUAUGGUCAGAUCAAACCUUCAUGGAGAAGUUGGCUUUCUCAGAAAUGAGAGAAGAAUGAACGUUGCUGUCACAAGAGCGAGAAAACUAUGCAUCUUGAUUGGUGACACGGAUUGAGUCAGUAAAAGUAUGGUAGCCGCUUCGAAAGAGACAACUCUUGACAAUGAUGUUAAAGUACCAGAAGAGAUAUCCACUUUCUAUGAUAACAAAAUAAGUUUCCUUGGAAAUCUUUGAGAAUACUUUAAGAAGUAUGGGGAAUAUGUCUCAGCCAAUGAGUUCAGAGAUGAUGACAGAGUACUAUUUGAUGUAGGAGAAGCUGAAAAAACGAAUAUAAAAGAGGAAAUUAAAGCUGAAACUGAGGAAAAACAAGAUGAAGCUUCAAAUAAGUCAAAGAAGAAGAGAAAAAGAAACAAAAAGAAGAACAAAGGAAACAAUCAAGAAGAGGAAAAGAAAGUUUCGAAAGUAGCUAUUGAGCAGCAGAAUACUACUACCCCUUUAGAGCCUCUUUCAAAACCAACCAAGAGUGAUUAUAAAAAUGCCAGAGCACCGAAAGUAGCUGAGAAACAACAGAAACCAGCACCAAAGACUGAACCUGAAAUUGAUUUUGAAGAGGAGAAAGCUGCCAAAAGAAGAGAAAAGAAUAAGAAGAAAAGACAGAAGCAAAAACAGAAGAAAAAGGAAGCUGAACAACAAGAAAAAGAGAAGCUUGAUAAAAUGGAUGAGGAUGAAUACCUUGAUUUUCUCAUUGAUACGAAUCACAAAUGUCAGUUCAAAGAAGGGGGUAAGCAAUGUAAGAAGCAAAACGCUCUCUAUCUUAGAGAAUGUUUGAUGUGACACAGCAAGUAUUGCUUCCCUCACCUACAACCAGAAGUCCAUGAUUGAAAAGGUUUACAAUAA